AUGACAGGACGUCGCCUCGCCAAGAAACUUACGUAUCCGACCGUGCGUCGCGCCGACGUCGUCGAGCAACUUCAUGGCGUGACAGUGUCCGAUCCUUAUCGCUGGCUCGAGGACCCGGACGCCGCCGAAACACGCACGUUCAUCACGCAGCAGAACGAUAUGACGCAACAGCUAUUGCGUCAUACCGUGCCCUAUGUCGCCGACACAAAAGCGCGGCUGACCGAUCUCUUUAAUUACGAAAAGUACUCGGCCCCUCGUAAGUACGGUGCGACUAAGUACGUGUUCAGCAAAAACGACGGGUUACAAAACCAGAGCGUGCUGUACAUUCAAGACACCUUACAAGGCCAGCCCCGCGUGCUCUUGGACCCAAACCAGUUGGCAGCAGACGGGACAGCUGCAGUUUCCAGUCGGGCGUUCUCCAAGUCGAAAUUGAACGAUGGGAAGCUCUUUUUCGCCUACGGGAUCUCACGUGGAGGCUCGGACUGGCAGACGAUCCACGUCAUGGACGUUCAAGAUGAAGGGACGAAGAUGCUCGAAGAUACAGUCGAGUGGGUUAAGUUCUCGAGCAUUAGCUGGACCCAUGAUGAUAAGGGGUUCUUUUACUCGAGGUACCCACCUCUCGAGAAGGACGACCAGGAGUCAGCUCAAUCGGAAAAAGGGACCGAAACCGACGCGAAUCUGAACCACCAGAUCUGGUUUCAUGCACUGCACACGUCACAGACGCAGGAUAAACUUGUGUACGCGUACCCGAGUGAACCGACGUUCAAUGUCGGUGCUGAAGUCUCGGACGAUGGCAAUAAGCUGCUCUUGUAUGUCCAAGAUGGGUGCAAAAAUGCCAAUAUGGUCCAUGUCGCCGACUUGAGCGACUUUGACAGCUUCUUGAAGGGCCCGUGCGACUCGACGAUUGCGGUGACGAAACUGGUGGACGAGAUGGGUGCAGCGUACUCGUACGUUCUUAAUGAUGGGGAUUGUUACUACUUCAAGACGAACGCCGAUGCCCCGCGCGAGCGUGUGGUGCGCACGAAGGUUGUGGAGGGAUGUGCUGCGCCUGUGUGGGAAGAGGUGAUCCCGGAACAGCCUGAUGCCAUUGUGAUUGAAGAUGUACACCCAGUGGCACCGAAUCUGCUUGUCGUGCAGAUUGUCAAGGACGUGCACAAUGAACUGCAUGUGUAUGACCUGGAUGGUGUGUUCCAGUACGAGAUUCCAUUGCCCAGCGUCGGCACGGUCGGGGUGGCCAGCAAACGCACCGAGUCGGAACUGUUUUACCACUUCGUGUCGUUCCUCUACCCGGGAUCUAUCUUUCGCAUUGAUUUGUCGAAGGCAGAAGCAGGUUCAACAAGGGCACCUGAAGCUGAAGUGUUUCGUGAAACUAAGGUGAAGGGUUUCGAUCCUAGUCAAUUCGAGACGGAGCAAGUGUUCUACCCGUCCAAGGAUGGCACGAAGAUUCCCAUGUUCCUUGUGAAGCGUAAGAACGCACCGAAAAACGGUCAGCUACCAGUGUACCUCUACGGCUACGGCGGCUUCAACAUCUCGCUUACGCCGGCUUUCAGUGUUUCUCGACUCGUGUUCGUCCAGCACUUUAAUGGCAUGUUGGCGCUGCCGAACUUGCGUGGUGGUGGCGAGUACGGAGAGCAAUGGCACCAAGAUGGCAUGCUGCACAAAAAACAAAACGUGUUUGAUGAUUUUCACGGAGCUGCCGAGUACCUAAUCGCGGAAGGUUAUACGAACCCGGAAAAAAUAGCGAUUCAUGGCGGAUCCAACGGCGGCCUGUUGGUGGCGGCUACUAGCAACCAGCGCCCUGAUCUCUACCGUUGUGUGGUAGGUGCCGUGGGCGUUAUGGACAUGCUGCGCUUCCACAAGUUUACCAUUGGCCACGCGUGGCGCACGGACUACGGUGAUCCAGAGGUGGCAGACGACUUUCACUACAUCCGGCAGUACUCGCCGCUUCACAAUGUGCCACGUGCUGAUAGCCCGAUCAUGCAGAAGCUUGCAGACCGUGGUGGCUUUCCGUCAGUACUGCUGACUACUGGUGACCAUGACGAUCGUGUGGUGCCCCUGCACUCGUACAAGCUCAUCGCGGAGCUACAACAUCAGCUCGGUGGAUCAGAGGCACAGACGAACCCCCUGCUUAUCCGCAUCGACACGAAGUCCGGUCAUGGAGCUGGUAAGCCCACCGCGAAGAUCAUUGAGGAGACGUCUGAGGUGUUUGCCUUUAUCGCGUGGAACCUUGGUGCGACUUUUGUUGCUUAA